UUAUUGUGCCAGAGGCUUUGCAAACACGUUAGGACAAUAAAAUUGUUAACUUACUGUUUUUAUAGAGGUAAAGUGAAAAUUAAACGUUAAAAUGGACGUCGAUCAGAGGAUCAAGGAUAUGGAGAGGGAGUAUCUCGAUUUCCUCGAUGAUGGGGAAGAUCAGGGAAUUUACCUGAAUCUCGUUAAAAAUAUGAUUGAGGAGAACAAAUACAGAUUGUACGUCAAUAUCAAUGACUUGAGGAGGAAAAAUCCGACGAGAGCUACUAAUCUCCUCACAAAUUCGUUUGAGGAGUCCAUGGCUUUCCAAAAUGCUCUGAAGCAGUUUGUGUCGACUGUUGAUACUGAUUAUACCAAGGGAAAUCCCGAUUUUUUUAUUGGUUUUGAGGGGAGCUUCGGUAAUCGCCAUGUCACCCCCAGGACACUCACUUCUAGAUAUCUGGGAAAUUUAGUUUGUGUUGAGGGAAUCGUUACCAAGUGUUCUCUCGUACGUCCGAAGAUUGUUCGCAGUGUCCACUACUGCCCAGCAACGAAAACAGUGAUGGAACGAGCAUAUACUGAUCUUACAUCUCUCGACGCUUUCCCUGGUUCAGCUAUUUAUCCCACACAAGACGUCGAUGGAAAUCCCUUGGAGACUGAAUUUGGUCUUUCGACAUUCAAGGACCACCAGACAUUAUCAAUCCAGGAGAUGCCAGAAAAAGCUCCGGCGGGUCAACUACCUCGCAGUGUUGAUAUCAUUUGUGACAAUGAUUUAGUCGAUCUUUGCAAGCCUGGCGAUCGAGUGCAAGUCGUUGGAAACUUUCGUUGCCUCCCGGGCAAGCACAACGGCUACACAAAUGGUACCUUCCGCACUGUUCUCAUCGCCAACAGCAUCACCCAGCUCUCAAAAGAGGCGACCCUCUCAAUCUCCCACGAGGACGUGGCAAUGUGCAAGAAACUCGCAAAAACUAAUCCCCGGAACAAUAUUUUUGAUCUGCUGGGGCAGUCAUUGGCGCCCUCGAUCUACGGUCAUGAGUACAUAAAGAAAGCUAUCCUGUGUCUCCUCCUAGGUGGAGUAGAGAAGAUUCUUCCAAAUGGAACUCGCCUCAGAGGUGACAUAAAUAUUCUUCUGAUAGGCGAUCCCUCAGUAGCUAAGUCCCAGCUCCUACGUUACGUCCUCUGCACAGCGCCACGUGCAAUUCCCACGACAGGUCGAGGCUCUUCAGGUGUUGGUUUGACAGCAGCUGUGACUGUCGACCAGGAGACGGGGGAGCGUCGUCUGGAGGCUGGUGCUAUGGUCCUGGCGGAUAGAGGAGUCAUCUGCAUAGAUGAGUUCGAUAAAAUGUCAGACAUCGAUCGGACAGCAAUUCACGAGGUUAUGGAGCAGGGAAGAGUGACGAUUGCCAAAGCUGGAAUUCAUGCGAGUCUCAAUGCCAGGUGUUCGGUGUUGGCAGCUGCCAAUCCUGUCUAUGGACGUUAUGAUCAGUACAAGACUCCUAUGGAAAACAUUGGGCUCCAGGACUCGCUGCUCUCUCGUUUUGAUCUUCUUUUCGUGAUGCUCGACCUUAUCGACUCGGACCAGGAUAAUAUCAUCAGUGAACACGUUGUUAGGAUGCACAGGUACAGAAAUCCAGCGGAGCAAGAUGGUGAGGCACUCCCUUUGAAUAGCAAAGCAGACAUGUUGAGCACUAGGGAUGUUGAUGCUGAGGAGACUGAAAGGGAAGAUAAUCCGGUUUACGAGAAGUAUGAUCCACUGCUUCAUGGCAAUUCGAGGGCCAAGACCGAUCAAAUUUUGAGUGUCAAGUUCAUGAGGAAAUAUAUUCAUAUUGCGAGGUGUAUGAAGCCCAAAUUGAGUGAGGAAGCUGGCAGGACUAUCGCUGCUGAAUACUCCAGGCUGAGGUCUGAAGAAAAUGACCAAGCAGAAGAGGCGAGAACUCAGCCGGUGACUGCUAGAACCCUAGAAACCCUCAUUCGUUUGUCGACUGCUCACGCCAAGGCAAGAUUAUCAAAAACAGUUACAGUUGAUGACGCAAAUUCGGCUAUUGAAUUAGUGCAGUUUGCUUUGUUCAAGAAAGUACUUGAGAAGGAGAAGAAAAAUAAAAGGAGAAGAAUGAGUGAAGCGAGCUCUGGGGACGAGACUCAGGAGGAAAUUAGGAAGAAGAAGAGAACGAGAAGAGGGAGUGUCUCCACUGGGGAUGAUCCCUAUGAAUACGAGAGUGAUGAUGAUUCACAUGUGGAUGAGGCUGUCAGAAAGGUCACGAGAUCCCAAACUAUCGCUGAGGAGACUGCCAGUCAGCUUCAAGAAUCCAUGGAGACUGAUUCAACACCUGAAACCAUUGCUGAAGACAGGUUCAAGCUCUUCAGGACUUCUUUGCAUAAAAUGUUCCAGCAGCAGCGUACCCAGUCACUUCCUGUAGAAAAGAUCAAGGAAUUUUUGAAUAAGGAACACAGUCCGGAGUUCUCCAGCGGAGAGGUCAAGGCUGCCAUCCACAAGAUGACUGAGGCCAAUCAAGUCAUGUUGGCAGACGAUCAAGUUUUUCUAAUAUAAAUUGACAUUCUCUUUUUUUCCAUGUUUUUUUUCUUAUUUAAUUACGUAUUGGUAACCACUUUAAGUUUUUUUUUUACAUUUUUUGUCAAUUGAAUUUAAUAAAUUAGAUUCGAAAUCGAAUAGAUGAGGCUUUAAUUAGUAUUU